UCCGUGGUUUGAGCUUCCGCGCUCGCCGUAGUCAACUGACACGACCCGGAAGUGUCCUGUGGCGGUGCUGAGGGGCUCGGGCGCAGUGAUGGCUCCGGACCCCUGGCUGUUGAUGUAUGAUUCCACUUGUCACAUUGCACAAGAGAUCGCUGAAAAGAUCCAGGAACGUAACCGUUGUCAAAGAAAUGGGGAAAGUUCAUCAAAGCUUAAUGUGGCAAUAAGGUCAUUGUUGCAGAAUCUCAAGGAAAAGAUCAACCGUCUGAAGGACUUACUGCUUCAAGCUGUAUCAACACACCAAAUAACUCAGCUGGAGGGGGAUAGAAGGCAAAGCUUACUGGAUGACCUUCUCACAAGGCAAAGACAACUUCAAGCAUCCUAUAAGAAUGAUGGUACAGAAACAGAUGUGAUAAGAUCUAGCCUAAUGACUGGAGGGGUCAAACGAGGUGCAACAAACCCAUGGCUCCUGGAAGAAUCUGAGGAAACCAGAGGCCUUAGCUUUGAUGAUAUCACACAGCAGCAGCAGAGAAUCAUACAAGAGCAAGAUGCUGGGCUUGAUACUCUGUCCUCAGUUUUGUCCCGGCAAAAACAAAUGGGGCAGCAAAUUGGUAAUGAACUGGAAGAACAGAAUGAGAUCAUUGAUGACCUAACCAAUUUAGUAGAAAACACAGAUGACAAGCUUCGCAAUCAAACUCGGCAUGUGAAGAUGGUGGACAAAAAGUCAACUUCCUGUGGAAUGCUGGUGGUGAUUGUCUUGUUGCUGAUUGCAAUAGCAGUGGUUGCUGUCUGGCCAACAAAAUAAUAUGAAUUCAGGAACUGUCAGAGAUGCUGCAUAUCAGCAGUGGAGUAUGGAUGACACCAGAGCAGAACAGGAGUGCAAACACGUUUUGUGUUUUAAAAUAAACUCAACAGUAUUAGAAUGAAGCUGUGUCUGACAUGCAUCAGUUUCUGCACAAAGUCCAUAGCCAGACAGUUGUGGCUACCUUGAAAAGGGCUCCUUUACUACCUGAAUUUUGUAUUUAAAGGAGGCACAACUGGAGAUAGACACAUUUUUUUUUUUUAUAAUUUACUCCUUGAUGCACCCAUUUCUAAGCAAAUGAUCAUAUAGAUCUGCCAUGCCCCCUCUCCCUUGUGUUGACAUCAGCUGUCCUGAGGGUUUCAAUUUUCUAUAAACUCUUAAGACAUGAUUCUUGUAGUACAUACAUGGAGUUCUUUCACUCUACUGCUUGUCUUGAGAAUUAAGACUUUUUCAUCUUACGAGGACGUGAACGUUUUAAAGAGCUCAUUUAUACUGGAUAUCCAUAAAGUCUGAGAGCGGGUAUAACCCUACAACGAUGUCUGAUGGUAAGGUGGAAGGGGAUUGAUUUAGUAUUUCAGAUAAACCUUAGAAGUGCAUUCAAGUAUGACUCAGUUUUUGGCUGUUGUGAGAAUUAUCAGUGUUGAUCUCCGCAAAUAGAAAUGUAAAUAGCUGAGGGUCUUUUCAAGGUUUAGUAUAGCCAGGUGCAUACAAGUGGAAAACACUGCCCAAAAUGUUCUCAUAAGGAGCUGAGACUUUCUGGUAAGUGUGCUUUAACUUAUACUGAGGCAAGUUUUAACACAGCCAACUAAACUGCAGAAGAUAAAACAGAGUCCAUGUACUAAUCUCAAGCCCAGAUUUCUGCUUCUCUUUCUUUUAUAAUGUUCCACAGUUUGCUAAACCUGUAAUGGAAAAUACAAGUAUUUAAAACUCAUUAAUGAAAAAAAAAUGUAAUGCUUAUUUCUGGCCAAAAACUAUUAUUUUCAUAUAUGUGCCAACUUGAUUGUCUGAAUGGAUAGAGCAAGCAAUAGCACUGAAUAAAAGUCAAUUUGUUUAUA